AAGAAUAUGAAAAUUGUGAAAGAGGAGAGUGAAAACUGGACCAGCUUUGGAAAGUAUCAUGCUCCGAUUUAUAUAUUGAACUUCAAUCUCCUAUUUCCUCAGGUAUAUCUCGCUUGUACGGAAAUAACUCACGAGAAUGAAGCUGCCCACUACAUUGUUUCGCCGGACGUAAAACGUAACGUACACCACUCUUUCAAGGCAAGUGAUAGAAAUGGGUGUAUUUCCUGGAUUUGGUGUCUGGAUCAAUCAGAAAAGUCAACAGCCUCCUAAGGCCGAGUCCAAGAGAUCUGAAAAUGUUGAAUCUAAGUCGGUGUCACAAGACACUAAUAAUGCCCCUACUAAGGAGAAGAAUGCAUAUUAUGAUAAAGAUCAUGAGAAGCAGCAAGAUCAACUCUGGCAUGAUGCACAGAAGAAACAUCCAUGGUAUGAUGCCCCUCCUAAGGUCAAGGUGACAACUAAAAAUGGUAUUUGCCAUAUGAACAUAGAAAUGAUAGUGGGAUUGACUCCUGAUGGAGUCUACGAACUUUUCACUAAUCCAGAAACCGGUGCAUUCUUCGAUAAGGACAAGUGGCGCGACCUUAUAGAAAUGGGUGGAUUUCCUGAAUUUGGUGUUUGGAUCAAUCAGAACACCCAACAGCCUCUUAAGGCCGAGUCCAAGAGAUCUGAGAAUGUUAAUAAAUCUGAGUCGGUAUCAGAGAAAGGUAAUACUAAUCAGGAUCUAUACUUUGACAAAGAUGAGGAGUUGAAGCAAGGUAAACUAUGGAGAAUUGCGGAGAAGAAGCAUCGAUGGUAUGAUGCUCCUCCUAGGGUGAAGGUGACUACGAAAGAUGGUAUUUGCCAUAUGAAGAUAGAAUUGACAAUGGGAUUGCCCCCAGAAACAGUCUACGAACUUUUCACUAAUCCAAAUAACGGACCAUUCUUCGAUAUGGACAAGUUUGGACGCCAACUUCUGAAAAACAAAUCAAGAAAGGUUUUUAAGAAGGAUGGACCGAGGGAGAUCGCAGAGACGGAGAAAACCUUGGCCUGGGAGUUCCUUUGGUGGUCUGGAGCUCUCCCCAUAAAUCUAACUGUCGAUGAAAACAAAAAAGAUCUUACAACAAAAUAUAUGAAAGAGAAAAUGAUGUUCAUGAAAGUGUUCGAGGGUAGCUACAAAGUGGAGCCAAUAUACGUAGAUUCAGAGCGCUUGUCAAUGAGUGUGUUUCCUGGAUUUGGUAGUUGGAUCAAUCAGAACACACAACAGCCUUCAAAGGCUGAGUCCAAGAGCCCUGAUGAAUCUAAUAAUGUGUGGGCAGUAGAUCCUAAAUAUUAUGACUUAGCUGAGGUGAGGAAAGAAUCAAAACUUUGGAGAGCUGCAGAGAAGAAACAUCCAUGGUCUGAUGCUCCUGCAAGGAUAAAGGAAAACAAAUCAACAAAAGUUUUGAAAAAAGAUGGACCAAGGCAGACCACGGAAGUGGAGAAAGCUCUGACAUGGAACUUCCUUUGGUGGUCUGGAGAUAUCCCUAUCCAUUUAAUUAUCGAAGAAAACCAUAAAAAUCUUACGGCAAAAUAUAAGGCAAAUAAAUUGAUGUUAAUGAAAGUGUUGGAGGGUAGCUGGAAAGUGGAGCCAGACUACGUAGAUCAAGAACUCUUGUGCAAGGCAAGGUUGCCCAAGAGUCGAGAAGAAUACAAAAGAUGUAGCGGUGGACAAGGAAAGGUUGGAUCAAAGGUGACAAUGGAACAGCGUUUUCAGCCCUCUUCUCUUCUAAGUCUACCGCCAGUUUCUUGGUUCAUUCGUGGGAUCACAAUCAAAACCACCAAGACUUUGCUUGAAGAUCUUAGAAAAGCGGGUGCCACGUACCGAAGAAUUUGA